GGGGUGAGGGGAGGCCCCGGGCUGAGGCCGGGCCUGGGGUGUCAGCCAUGGGCCCGGGGAGACCCGGUCCCCGGCGCUGGAUUCACAGAAGCCUCAUAUUUCUCAUCAAGGCGUGUGUUUUAACAGUUUUAAUUAUUUAUGUCACCAUACCAUUUGCCAUGAAGAUAAAUCCUGUUAUUGCACCAAUGAUGAUCUAUUUUAAUUUAUUCAGAUCUCCUUUCAUUGAUCUGCAGCAUCCUGGAAAGUUUAUAAACCACACUGUAAAUCUAUAUCUCACUCCCGAAGAAGGAGUUACAGUUGGAGUCUGGCAUACUGUACCAGAAAGUAGGUGGAUGGAAACUCGAGGGAAAGAUCAGCAGUGGUAUGAAGCUACACUGUCAGAUGGUAAUCCAGUAAUAGUUUAUCUCCAUGGCAAUGGAGGCAAUAGGGCUGAAAGCUACAGAGUUGCACUGGUAAAGGUGCUGAGUGCAAAUGGAUUUCAUGUACUAGCCAUGGACUAUAGAGGAUGGGGAGAUUCUACAGGUUACCCUAGUGAGGAAGGAUUGACUAUGGAUUCCGUCCACCUCUAUGAGUGGGCCAGAGCUCGGAGUGGGAGAAGUUUUGUGUGUCUCUGGGGACACUCGUUGGGCACUGGUGUGGCCUCAAACACUGCACGAAGGCUACAAGAGAAAGGACGUCCGGCUGAUGCAAUUGUACUGGAAGCUCCAUUUACAACUAUACGAGAAGAAGUAACCUGUCACCCAUUUUCAGUGAUUUACAAGCAGUUUCCUGGAUUUGAAUGGUUCUUCUUAGAUCCAGUAACAGAAAAUAAUAUUGUUUUUCAUAACAUUGAAAAUCUGAAGUCAGUAUCUAGCCCUGUGUUGAUUCUGCAUGCAGAAGAUGAUCCCAUCAUACCGUUUGAAUUGGGUAGAAAGCUCUACAGAUCGCUGCAUGAUUCACGGAUAUUCAAGGAACAAGUGAAGUUUGUUGCAUUCCCUGGCAUACUUGGGUAUAAGCACAACUUAAUUUAUAGAGACCCACGAUUGCCAGAAAUUCUAAAGGAGUUCUUCAAGAGCACUACCAAAUGUUGAACUUAUGGUACAGUGAACUUAUGUCGAUGGUACAGAACAACCUGGUGGUGUACAUUUAAAAAAAAUAUUUGGCAUGUACGAUGGCAAAUCGUUCCACUGGCUGGACAUAGCUGGUGCACUGUAGUUUGUAUUAAAGAUUAGGUACAACA